CCUGCCCCUACCGUCUAGUUAACUUUCAAAUAUACCCCUUGUUUGACGGAGGGGACACGUGAACCCCUCACAACGACUGACCCAUGUUUUUUAUUUUAUACCCAUUAAAACGGGUUGACCCACUACCCAAAUUAAUAUCCACCACAAAUUAAAACCCCACCCCAAAUUAAACCCCACCCACUGAUUAAAAGCCCCACCCCGUACACCCACUCGAUCUCUCCACCUCCGUAACUUCUUUUUCAUCUCUUUUUCUUCAUCUAAAAAACGCGACUUGCAAGCAUAAAAAGGGGUUUAGGACAUGUCGGAGGGUAGUAUUUCGUCUUCUAGGACUUGCCAUUGCGGGUUGGCUCCUCGACAGUUCACUUCAAAAACUCCUGCAAAUCCCGGAAGGAAAUUUCGCAAGUGUGCUAACCGUGAUAAAUCAUGCGGUUAUUGGAAGUGGGAUGAUGACGAUUUUUCCGAUGGUGCGGUUAUUGCAAUUAACCAACUACGGUUAGAAUUGGAAGCGGCAAAAGGAUCGAUCAAUGUUUUGAAUAUGACGUUGGAUCAAGUGAAGAUCGAAAGGGAUGGUUUGAAGGAGAAAGUGGAAGCUUGGGAGGCCAUGAAAAACUUUGAAGCUAAUAAAGCUAUGAAGUUGGAAGAGAAGGUGUUGAAGUUGAAGAUGGGUAUUAUAAUGUUAUGUGCGUUAAUUGUUGGAUUUGAAUUUGCGGCGAUGACAAAAUGAAGCUCAUUAUUGUGUUUGUAUUUUAGUUUGAAGGUAUAUUAAUAAUGUUUAGUGUGACUAAAUUGAAGUAUAGUUUUGAAUGUGAAAUGUGCAUCUUGGAUAGUGUUGAAUGAAACUCAUUGUUCGUUAAUAUCAAGUUACUCAUGCAUAUU